CCUAAACAAGAGCGGUUGUAGCCCAUACGGCAAAACGACGGACUGGUACGCUGAAAGUUUAUGGUUCGCGUCCCCGUACUUUUUUUUUUUUUUAAUGCAUUUUUUUUUUUUUUUUUCAUCUCUGAUGAGAUUUUGCAUGUGCAGGUAAAUAAUAUACAUGAAAUACUUUGUUCCAUAGAAAAAUCAGGUGGGACAGGGUAUGCGAUAUUCCGGGUAUUUACGUGUUAUAGAAAACCCUGCAGGUGGGAAAGGGUAUGCGAUAUUCCGGGUAUUUACAUGUUUAGGAUUUUCUCCUAAUAAUUGAUUCGUGGGGAGGUCAAAUCAAUUCUUCCACGUUUGACUCGACCUUCGUUGAUGAGAACAACGAUCCGACCUGCCAAUUAAAAAUUAUUCAGCCAGGUUGUACACCUUAUUGUCAACCGUGCGAUGUUUAUUUCUACCGGCAGGUGAAAAAUUUUAUUAAACGACUCCAAAAUAGAACGCAUUCAUUAAAAGAAAAUCGCCAGAUAAAUAGCAGAGACGAUGCACUCAAAAUACAUUCUUUAAUACACUAUCAAUUGCUGGCGCCGAUAUUUGAGGAUAUGCUACAGUAUACGUGGUUUGCAGCCAAAUUAACGUCGAAUAGAACAGUUUUUCAGAAUGUAAAUGAAAUUUGCUUUCCUGAUAGAAUGCGCAAGGUUAAAUGUGGUUGCGAUGGUAUUGCGUUCAUCGUAUGUUCGUGGUGUCGUAAGCCUCUUUGCUUCCCUUGUUUUUACGAUGUUUUUCACCCUCCAAUUUGUAAACCUACCUAUCUGAUAGAAGAAGAAUCAGAAUGAUUACCCGCCACGAAAUUUACAAGUGUAAAUUAGAUUAAUUAUUUAUUUUAUCAGACCAUAUUAUUUUGCUUUGUUAUUGUGACGUGAUUGAAAGAUUGAUUAUUUGUUGUACAAUGUUAUUUUGCUAUGUAAUUUUGACUUCAUUAUUAGAUUUAAUAUUUUAAUAUAAUGGAUAAAUAAAACUAGUAAUACAUAUUUUCGAAUUUUCUUAUUUAUCUGCACAUGCAAAAUCUCAUCAGAGAUGGAAAAAAAAAAAAAAAAUGCAUUAAAAAAAAAAAAAGUACGGGUCGCGAACCAUAAACUUUCAGCGUACCAGUCCGUCGUUUUGCCGUAUGGGCUACAACCGCUCUUGUUUAGGCAUAUAACGCUCAAUGUAGUGUACCCACCAGUCGGAACCGGCUUGGCUCCGCCCAUAAUUCCCAAAUUUUCAAAUCGCGAUAUCUCAGGAACUAAGGCCCAUUGGAUCAAGACAAAAACUACGUUGCUUCGGAGGUCUCCAGCUUUCACCACGCGAAAGAAGAACCCGAUUCGCGACAUCCAACCUAUGCCGUCUCCUUUAUCACACAGUGUAAACAUUCCUGUUGUAAGCGGCCAAUCCGGGCACAGGGAUACACCAGAAAUGUUUACAAUGGAAAGCUGCCAUUCAAUCUCACAAGCAAGCCAUCAAAGAAAAUAGCACACGAUCUAUCACCGAAAACUAGCACGCGAGCACGCUUCGGAGCCAGCAGUGACGUCACUUUCUCGCCGCGCAGCCAGCAGAGUAGCCAUCCUGGGUCCUCGCAAGCAAUUCAACAGCAAAACAAGCGUCGUGUGCACUGGGCUUUAGUUCGAACGCUGACCAACCACCGUCGCUGAAUUCAACACAUCCACUUCAGAGAGAGAGCCAUUUACCCAGAAAAUGUACAGAGAAGGAACUAGUAACAGGAUACCCUCUCUCUUUCUAACCCAAGGGCGAGCCUCUGCAAUCUUCGUGCCCCCGCUAGAAAUCGGAUCACGCAAAAAAUAUCAAGUUUCUAUGCUACCUGAAAUACUACUGAAUAAACGAAUCUCACGAUAGAUUAAUUAUUUCCAUACGAAGAGAUGAGUCAAUAUUCAUCCUUAUUCAUUAUUAAGUAAUAUGAAUUUCCGAUACAGUUGUCAUUUUUUUUUUAGGUCCGAGUUUCUGUUCUUCCAGUCUGUUAAUUCAUCCUAUUGAUUUAUCUGUUUAGAGAAUACACCUUUCAAAAAUUCAACGUUUUUCCCCCACAUAAUGGCGACUUGAUAUGACUCUUGUGGGGAAAUGACAUCAAAUUUUUGAAAGGUGUAUUCUCUAAAACGGCGGAAGCAAUCUGAAUGCAAUAUGGAAGAUCCUUAGAGGAAAUCGGAAUGAAAUGGCUGAACUUUGGAUUUUGCAUAAUUCGAAAGAAAAUCAUAGGAACC